AUGACUAUGUGGCACCACCAGUACAAGCAAACGUUAAGAAUUUAUGUUAUCUUGGAAUUAGCACAUAGAAAUCAGAAAAGCCCUUUCACUGCUACAUCUUUAAGUGCUCAUUAUUUGACAACAACAACAAUGACCAAUCAUAAAACGAAGUACACCAAAUGCUCUGACUGCAAUCGAUGGAAGAAGCGAUCAGCUAUCAUUAAGCAUUUGAAUCGUUGCUCAAAGAAUAAGCAUCAGCAUCGCCGUCCUGUCAAGCGACAUAGGUCCAGAAAUUCAAUUAUGAGUCUUUUGGAGACGGGGGAUCUACCAUUAUCAUCCAAUCAAGGCUACUUACAUUCACCUGCAGCAAUACAUCGACGAAAGUGCCAGCAAAGUAUCAGCAUAAUGGAAAUUGAUCAAGACCACCAUUCACGCCAUGCAAGCUCACUCUCUCCACGUGGUGAUGUGAAUGAAGAUAUGGAUGAGAUAACUAGCUUUGAUGCUGAAGAUAUUGUUGAUACGCGAUCGCCAAAUCCUUCAUUUGCAAAUGUCAACGAUCAACAGCCCAUGGUGGUUGACUUUAACAUGCGCAGUGCUCAAAUCGAUGACAGCACAAAAUUUAGCUUGGAGCUUCAUGCACUCUUAACCAGGAGAGGUUUAUCAAGAGACCCUUUCGACGAGGUGAUUAAAAUGGUCAACAAUUACAUGCAGCAACAUGCACCCCAAGCACCAACUUUGCUGUCGGCUUACCUCAACGAAAAGCUUGCUGGUGAUACUUACCCUGUUACAUCCAAAAGCUAUGACAUGUGUUGCAAUGGAUGCAAGCUAUUUGGUCCAAAUGAUGAUGCCGAAGAAUGUACAUUGUGUGAUAAGAACAAUGGGACACCACGUUGGGUUGACGGUAAACCGGCUCAGCAAGCAACAUACUUAUCGAUCGCUGAACAGCUGGCACUACUGCUGUACGACGUGGAAGUGAGAGAGAUGCUCGAAUAUCCCACAGUCGAUGACAGCGAUAAAAAUGAUGACACGGAUGAGGAACAUGGCUGCAUGAAUGACAUCUUUGAUGGUGCGAUCGUUCGAAACAUAGUCAAGUCUAAUGGUGCUCCCACGUGCAAGAGCCUCAUGCUUGAAUUUUCACCGAUG